AUUGCCAUAAAUCUCUCUUUAGCUAUAUACUACCAAAAACACCCUCUCCGUUUCGACGUUUCUGCACCAUCAAGCGGCAAUGUCGGUGUAAAUAUCUCAUAGUCAUUAGGGUAUAUCAGGAAAAUUCAGUCUUUUGAACUUCCCUAGGCCCGCUCUGCCUCUGUCAUUUGCCUCUUUACCUGCAGUCUUACUACCUCUUUAUCUCUUUAAACUUCCAAAGCAUUACUUACAUUUUUCUGUAUUAUCUUCUCAUCCUCGAGCUCCGGUGGUUGGUGUGCCAGUUCUAUCCAGUUCAUUUCUUCAGAUACACUCUACAAUGAAGUGAGGAACAAGAAAAGUAAAACAUAGAACACACAGUGAGAAAGAAAAAGUGAAUAGAAAAUGGGAACAAGGAGUGGUGAAUUAUUUGCAUGUGCCAUGUACUUCUGCACAUAACCCAUUUAGAUGGAGACUGUGAAACCAUUGGAUGUUGCUUCAAGAAAAGGAAAACUCAGACGCGCAUUUGUGAAAGCUAUCAACAUCAAGAAGCUAACCGGUGUUGUUCCGGAAGUUGAGAGAGUGAAGAAGAGACAAGAAAAGGUGAAGUUAGUAAAGAAUGCUCCAAAUAUUUCAAAGUCCUUUGACAAGCUUGAGGAAGAGUAUGAGAAAACAAUUUCCAUGGAAGCUCUUCUUGCAAAGCUGUUUGCUACAGUUUCUUCCAUAAAAUCAAGUUACGCGCAGCUGCAGUACGCUCAGUCUCCGUAUGAUCCAGCUGGGAUUCAGAGAGCAGACAGGUUGGUCGUUUCAGAGCUGAAAACAUUGUCUGAGCUGAAACAGAGUUUCUUGAAGAAUGAGUUUGAUCCUAACCCUGAUAUAACUCUAGUUCUUGCCGAGAUUCAAGAGAUGAGAAGCCUCUCGAAGACUUAUGAGAUCAUGGGGAAGAAGAUGGAGUGUCAGUUAAAGCUUAAAGACUCUGAGAUCAUGUUUCUUAAAGAAAAGUUUCAAGAAUCCAAGAAUCAUAACAGGUUGAUAGAGAAGAGACUUAACCAAAGCAAGCCACUGGAUCAUAAUCAUUUCGUUACUUACCUACACCACACAGUCAAAUCAAUCAGAGGAUUCGUUAAAACGAUGGUUGAGCAAAUGAAGUUCUCUGGUUGGGACGUCCACACGGCGGCUGAAACGAUACAGCCUGAAGUAUUCUAUUACAAGCAAGACCACGCGUGUUUCGCGUUCGAGCAUUUCGUUUGUAAGAUCAUGUUCGAAGGGUUUCAUCUACCUUGCUUCACAAGCGAACCAUCAUCAUCAUCAUCAUCAUCAUCAUCAUCAUCUCGGAAGACGAGUAAAGAGACAUUCUUUGAGAGGUUCACGGAGCUUAGACCGGUGAAAGCGAGAGAGUGUUUGACGUCACGGCCCAAAUCAAGAUUCUCGAGGUUUUGCAGAGAUAAGUAUUUGCGGCUCGUGCAUCCGAAGAUGGAGCAGGCUUUCUUCGGGGAUUUGCGUGUGAGAAACCAAGUCUCUGUCCGGGAGUUUCCAGAGACGAGUUUUUGUACCGCGUUUCUUGAAAUGGCGAAACGGGUUUGGCUCUUGCAUUGCCUUGCGUUCUCCUUUGACGUUGAAGUUUCGAUCUUUCAAGUGGCUAAGGGUUGUAGAUUCUCCGAAGUGUACAUGAAGAGCGUGGCGGAAGAAUGCUUGGCGGAAUCUGAGCCUAGCGUUGCGUUUACUGCUGUUCCUGGGUUUAGACUAGGAAACGCUUUGGUACAGUGCGAGGUUUACCUCUCGCGCUCAAGUCAACGCCGUACGUAACCGGACGGUGGAAAGAUCACGGAGAUGACGGAACAGAGGGUAUUAUGGUAAUUUACGUGGUGGGGUUAUUUUUGGCUUAGGAAAAUGAAAUGAGAAGAAAGUUGCUGACCGUUGGAUUAAGAAGAGAUGCAGUAUGUGACCGUUGCGAUUAUGCGUGUGUUGUUUUUUUUCUCUUCCUCUCUUUGUCAAUAUUAGGACAGCGAGACAGAAGCAUCUCUGAGCUGGUUUCCUUGGCAUGAAAUCAAUUAUUAGCCAUCGUCAGUCGUAACUAUCUUCUAUCCUAUGUAAAUAAUUCGUAAUAAAUGUUAGCAAAAAAAAAAAAUCGUAAUAAUUUAUAUAAUUUUUAGAGAUGUAUAUAUU